GAUACCGAUUGCAAAAUAAAAAGCUACAGGAAAAAUUUCGUCGAAAUAUCACUAUAAAAGUCUUAUUUUCUCCCUUGUAGCGUAAAUUUUCUUCAAGAAAAAUGAACAUUAGAAAUGCCACACCGGAUGACCUGAUGAAUAUGCAGCAUUGUAACCUGUUAUGCUUGCCAGAGAAUUACCAAAUGAAAUAUUAUUUCUACCACGGAUUAUCUUGGCCACAGCUUUCCUAUGUGGCAGAGGAUGAGAAUGGUAAAAUAGUUGGAUAUGUCUUAGCAAAAAUGGAAGAAGACCCCGAAGAUUCUGUACCACAUGGACACAUCACAUCUUUGGCCGUGAAACGAUCCCACCGACGUCUUGGCCUGGCUCAAAAACUAAUGGAUCAGGCUUCCCGGGCGAUGACAGAAUGUUUCAAUGCUAAAUAUGUCUCACUACACGUUAGGAAGAGUAACAGGGCUGCAUUGCAUUUAUACACAGGGACACUGAAAUUUCAGAUUAGUGAAAUAGAGCCUAAAUAUUAUGCCGAUGGUGAAGACGCGUUUGCCAUGAGGAGAGAUCUUUCUGAAUUUGCUGAAAAAGCAUCAAAAUGCAACCAAACGAUAGUUGCAACGCCAGAAGCAGUUACAGUGUCAUCAUAAUGAACACAAGGACUAUGCAUCAUAGCAUUUCACUUGAGGAAAGUUACUUCCUUAAAAUUGCUGCAUUAUCAUUUAAGGACUAACACACCUCAAAAGGUGUGAUCAUGAAACAAAUUUUGUAUCAAAGAGGGCUACAAUCCUUGUCUACCGAGUAACGUGUGAUGAAACUUUA